UCCUUCAAUUUUCUAGUUUCGUUAUAAUUUCGUUCGUUUCGCCCACCAUUUAUUUCAAAAACCAUAUCAGGCACUGCGGCUCUUAUCCUGCGAGUCCCUUCUUGGCGGCUGGUUAAUGUCCUUAGUCUUGUCCAGGCUGGUGGUGCAAGACGGGUUGGUCUCGCAGGGCAAACAGUAGUCAUGGGUGCCAAAGUCGGCAGCCUUGCAGCACCCAGAGCAGCAAUAAUCGACAGGAGGCGACGGUUCGAUUAGGCGAGCCAUUCUUUUUUCUUACACCGAGGUUAUGCAAGAUGAAUGUGAAAACGAUGAUUAUGUUGUCUCCCUAUUGGCCGGGUUGUCACCUACCCCUUAGGGAAUCUGGUUAAUAACAUUCCGCCAAGCGCACAGAGCUUUAUGUGGAUUGGAUUUGGAAGCAAUUGCACGACAUGACGACGGACAAUCGAAUAAAAAGGCACAUGAUCCCAAACACCCAUGUAAACGAGGACAGAUUUGAGAGAAUCCACACACCUUUGAUGCACUGGCAGUGGAUUAUUGGUACCCACGUGCCAGCUCAGUCAGGUAGAAAGCAAAAUUUCGAGGUUGCUGCUCUGAACUUGUUGUAUGGUCCUGCGCUGCGUUCCGUAUCUGUCGUGUUCCUCGGGAUCUCCCCGAUGACUUGUGGCGGUUCGCAGCGAAAGCGAGAGUGGGGGUGGGGGCUAGAGUUUGUAUCGGACGCAGAUCAAUGUCUUUGUUUCCUCUUCUCAGAGGGGACCAAGGAGGAAAGAAAAGAUCGACAGGCGAUGAGAGACGAAUAUAUAAACACCGAGUGGUUAAAAAAAAAGAGCCAAGGGUUGUGGGGAGCAGAAAGAUAUUUUCCCCUCCCCUGGGCCCUGAAUAUUGCAACGUUUCGGGGCCGUCUUUUAUUAGGGGUAUGGCUGGAAGGUGGUGUGGGCGCUCUUUGCCAUGUAAGUGCGGGCUUGGUUGGCGCUUGUUGUAUGGGGCACGUCAAAAGUAAGAGUCACAGAGAACGAGGGAGAAAGACAAACGAAGAAGCGGGACUGACGAGCGAGAGACGAGGUUGCGGGAGAAGACGGAGAGGCUGGACGACUGCCGGCGGUUUUAUAUAUACAGAUACAGGCACUAGGCAGGUACCUCAUGAUUCGAGACUGACGCCAUCGUGGGCAGAAUCCCAUAUAGAAUCCUGGUUAGCUUCAGCGUUACCUUAUCCGGCCAAGGGAAGGCAAUAUUGGGGAUUGGAGACAAGGAGAGGGGAAACAAGAGGGAAAGAGCCGUUGUGGCCCAGCAAAGUUGGAGAAGCUGCAACUGCAACUGCAACUGCUGCAACUGUCACACCUCCAGCCCCGGCUCUACUGGAGCGGGAAGGCACGCGGUUGAUGGAGCGAGUGCUGGAUAGGAUAACGAGAUGGGCAACGGCAGCAGCGGCCCCGGGGCUCCUGAUCCUGCUGUUACCACUGCUGUUGAAGGGAAGAGAAGGCGAGGAAGGCACAAGAGAGGAGGAGAGAGAAGAGUGGAAGGGAGUCCUUGGAACUGUUCCCCUCGAUUCCAUUGACUUGUCACAUCAGGUGCUGCGUCACGCGCCCAGUCGCUGCGACCUGGCAAGGAGCAUCAUCAGAUGCAUUUCAAAGGAAGCGAGCGAGCGAGCGAGCACGGUCUGGCAGAGUCUCACUGCAUAUUCUCUGAAUCCGUCGCCUUAUGCAGCCCGGAGGGCCGAUCAUGAGAACUGUGGGCAUCAGACCUGGCCGAAGGGCGGUCAGUUAGCCACAGCGGACGGCUCAGUCAGUUUCAGCAGCCUCUUCUACCUGCCGCCUGCUCUCGGUGUCUCUUCCCUCUCUCGGUCUAAUGAGCCCUCACAGCCCCUUUGUAAGCAGCACUGCCCUAUCUUUGCUAUUCUGCCUAGGUGUUUCAUUUAUUUAUAAUCCAUGCAUCGGUCCGGGCCCAUCCCAGCGCAUGAGCUGACUUAUAUCACAUUACCGUCACCAGAGGGAUCAAGAAGAUGCUGCGCGGCUGACCUUUGCAGAGGACCGAAAGGAUAUGAUGUGCAACGCCGUGGUGGGUGAGGAGAAGAGGGUGAGAGAGUGAGUGAGUGA